AUGUCUUUCUUUGCUAUCCCUCCUGCACCCCCAACGAAGUUGGGCUACUACCGUGUUUUGUCCCCUCUGGCGAGUGUUCGCGAGGCGAGCUUCAAACUCCUCGACGCGUAUUUUGAUAUGGGCGGCAACUUUAUCGAUACCGCCAAUAGCUAUCAGGACGAAUCCUCGGAAGAGUUCAUCGGUGAAUGGGUCGAGAAGCGGGGCAUUCGCGACCAACUGGUCAUUGCCACCAAGUACAUCAAAUGCGGUAACGAUAGCAUUCAGCAAAAGGUCAACUACACCGGAAACGGGAACAAAUCUCUCCACAUCUCCGUCAAAAACAGUCUUACAAAGCUGCGCACUGACUAUAUUGAUAUUCUCUACGUGCACUGGUGGGACGUCGAGACUUCUAUCGAAGAGGUGAUGAACAGUCUGCAUAACCUCGUUGCUGAGGGGAAAGUUCUCUAUCUUGGCAUCUCCGAUUCACCUGCAUGGGUCGUAUCCCGCGCAAAUAUGUAUGCUCAGAAUCGCUCUUUCGAGCGCGACAUCAUUCCUAUGGCACGCACUCUUCUUAGGUCAUGGGAAGUCAUUGGUUUGGCGCUCGCCCCGUGGGAUGUCAUAGGUGGCGGCAAGUUAGGCACGGAUGCAGAAGAGGAAGAGAGGAGACAGUCGGGAGAGAAAGGGCGUAUUAUCGUUGGACGAGCGCUGGAAAAAGUUGCUUGCGAGGUUGGUGCGAAAAAUAUUCGCUCUGUUGCUCUAGCGUACGUGAUGCAGAAGGCGCGGUAUGUUUUUCCUCUCGUCGGAGGUAGAAAGGUGGAGAACCUUGUAGCGAAUUUGGAGCCGCUCGAUAUCACGCUAUCAAAGGAGCAGGUAGAGUAUCUGGAGAGUGUACUGCCGUUUGACCCUGGAUCCCCUAAUGUGAUGAUUGGUGAUGGGUCAAGCUCUAAUAUGUUCAUGGCGACGACGGCGCAUAUGUCGAAACAGCCGAGGGUGGAACCAAUUAAACCAUGA